AUGCUUUUUUAUUCAUUGUUAUUUUUUUUUCACACCGUUGCGAUUUCGGCCUUCACCAACAUUGGCACCUUUUCACACCCAGUUUACGAUUACAAUCCAAUUCCAAACCAUAUCCACGGAGAUUUAAAAAGGCGGGCUUAUAUUGAACGCUAUUCCCAAUGUUCAGAUUCGCAGGCCUCCGAAAUUCGUGCCGCGCUAAAAAGUUGCGCCGAGCUCGCCUCGUGGGGCUAUCACGCCGUUAAAAGUAACAAUCGGUUAUUUAAAUUAAUCUUUAAAACUGACAGCACAGAUAUUCAAAACUGGGUUCAAAAUAAUUUUAACGAAAUUUACAAGGAAUGUAACAGGGACGCGGACGAAAUUUCUCUAACCUGCCACGAUAAAAAUGUUUAUACGUGCGUCCGAGAAGGAGUUCAUAAUUUGGCGUAUGCACUUAUUAACGAAAAAGAAAUUGUUAUAUGCCCUCCUUUCUUCAACAACCCCGUAAACAGCAGGGAAAUUACUGCCGGUAACCAAGAUACAAUUAUAUUACAUGAAAUGGUGCAUAUAAUUUUAAAAGAGUGGAAAGAUUAUGGUUGCGAAUGGGAUGGGAUUCACAAAUUGGAUAGUACAGAAAGUAUUAAAAACCCCGACAGUUAUGCUAUUUUUGCACAAUGUGCACGUUAUAAAUAUUGUUAA